AUGCCGCACCAAUCUAUACAUUCUUCUACCCAACACCAGCUGCAAAAUGGACGCUCCUCCUCGGCUCCCCCAGAUCCUGAUAGGCCACUCUCCUCCGUCCCCGCUCGCCUCAGUGCAAACUCUCCCCUGCAUCGACCACCAAGCGAGUCUCAGCAACGCACGGAUUCUACUGGACUCUACGGAGGCGCACCGCUCGAUAUUAUGCCGCAGCUCCAGCGGUCGGGACCAUCUGUCGUGAAGACGCGCACCGGAAGUGUACUCUCGAGAGGAUUCAUUCUCAAGACAGACCAUUACCCAUCAGGUCGUGCUCUUGACCUUGACCUGAAUGUCCAUGGUGCACCCAACUUUAGAGCGCCCAGGAAUAGCAACUUGAAUGUCUUCGGUGUAGCCCAGCCACGUACGCAGGGCCUUCGUGGAAUCUUAUCUGUGCUACGUUGUAGGCCUAACAUUGCUAAUCCUACGCAUGUGGUAUGGUUUUGCACUCGGGAGGAGCCUAUAGUAUACAUAUCCGGUCGUCCAUUCGUCCUUCGGGAUGCUUCCGAGCCCCGACGUGCUUUGAGGCUUUCUGAUCGUGCCGAAAACUUGGAAGCAAUAGAAAUGCGCCUGAAGAAUGAUAUCCUUACUGAAGCCAGCAAAUUCGGUGGUCUGGUCUUAACGCACAAUGAAGUCGCGUCUGACGCGGGCGAGGGUGCAAUUCUCCCUACAUGGACCGCAGUAGACACGACGAACGUACGGACUACGCGCGAGCUUAUGGAAAAUAUGCGUAAAGAUGGUUGGAAUUACCACCGGAUACCCAUUUCGCCAGAUCGGCCCGUCGAAGACAACUACCUAGAUGCGUACCUGGAUGUGAUCAAGCAAACAGAUCCGUCGACAACAGCGCUUGUUUUCAACUGCGGAAUGGGAGCCGUCCGUACCACAUUCGCGAUGGUGGCAGCUUGCAUCAUCCGCAGGAAGCAGCUCAUGACACGCGGCGUAGACGACCCAUAUGUCAGUAAGGCUGUUGUGCCCGCAUCGGGGGUGAAUACGCCACUGGGAAACAAGCCGUCGGCUGAGAAACUCCAACAGGCGCUUGAGCAAGUCAGCGCGCAACAAGACAUGAACCGAUCCUUGCUCCAAAUAACAUCUAUCCUACAGCAAUGUAUAGCAGCGAAGAGUUCACAGACAGCCAUCGAAUUACUUUUAUCUCACCCCGCACUGCUGGAGAGUUUGCGCAAGGCGCACAUGGGCAACUAUGGCGUCAUCUUGAGCUUGCUCGGUUGCUUGGACCAUGGGCUCAAAUCGAAGAAACUUGUGGAUCGAGUAAUCAAUUUAUGUGACCAUGUCACGAACCUUCGCGAAGAUAUCUUCGUUCAUCGCGUCAAGUAUUCGCUGACAACAACGAUGGACGAGACAGACAGGGACAUAUAUUUGAACAAGGCUGUUCGGUCUUUGGAAAAGUAUUUCUUUAUCAUCGCCUUCGCGGAGUAUAUCGACUCACAAUCGGAUUUUGCGCAGAGCUUCUCGACCUGGCUGAAGGCGCGCACAGAGAUUUGGAACCAAGUCAUGUUCCUGCGCAAGUCAUACGGUUCGCGGCUCAAUGUAUUCGCACCCAUCAGCGAUCUCUCGAAGUUGUCCAAAUCAGGAGCUGAGGGUGGAUUACUUGUAGCUGGCCAGCGGAAUGACUUGGCUAUAGCUGGGGGACAAAUCCUCGGCGAUGAGUAUUCAGAUCAUGUCAUUCGAAACCGUAGUGGAAUCAUUCUGAGAGAAGGUACUCUUCUGAAGUCAGACCAAUGGCUUAGCCAGUCUACCCAAGUCUCACACGGCGUCCGUGGCGCGAUCAACUUCCGCAAUAUCCCUGGCACGAAGAUAUAUGCGCUGGGUCAGCCGACGCUGGAGGCCAUUGACGAGGUCGUGGCGCGUGUGCGGAAUGCGCAUCCCUCCGCGGGUCGUAUUUUGUGGAUCGCAUUGAGAGAGGAGCCAAUUGUGUAUAUAAAUGGCGCGCCGUAUUGCUUGAGACGGGAGAGAUUUACACUGAGGAACAUGAAAGACUAUGGUGGAAUAUCAGCUUCGCGACUAGAAGUUCUAGAAGAUCGUCUUCGCGACGAUGUCAUCGCUGAGUUGAAUGCAUUCGGCGGAAGAUUACUACUACAUACAGAGACACCCGAUGGAUCCGUCGUGCCUGUCUGGGAGGAGGUCGAGACCGAAAACGUAUCUGUCCUUAAGGCUAUCAUGGCCGCGCGCAAACAUGUAGUAGGGGAUGUCGAGAUUGGAUACGCUCGCAUACCAAUUACAGCAGAGCGUCCACCUGACUUCACUGAUCUGAGCGAGCUGAUCGACGUGGUGGUCAGGAGUAGUGCGACAGGUGCUCCGAUUGUAAUCAACUGCCAGCUAGGACGUGGACGAAGUACUAUGACGGCGGUCAUCUUGGUUCUCAUACAACAAUGGCUGGAGAAUGCAGCGAACAUGAGAUCACCCCAGUCUCCAAGACGUCCAUCGCGGUCAAUAACUGCGCCAAAUUUAUCGAUGUCAUCGACGGACGGGCUCAUCAACAGCCGUGCGCACAGACACUCAUAUCAGGUUAUCAACAAUCUUCUGCGUGUGAUCCGCAAGGGCCCUGCGGUAAAGCGCAUAGUAGACGAUGCAAUUGACCAGUGUGCAGAGGUAGUAAACCUUCGGGAAUCUAUCGAGGAGGCGCGUUCGAGGGCAGAACAAGCUACUGAAGAACGUCAGCGCCGGCAUUUUGCGCACAGAGGACUACAGUACCUUAGACGAUAUUUCGAGCUGAUCAUCUUUCAGGCAUACCUACAAUCGACCGAACCGGAUACCAUGCACAACAUUGAGAGUUUUGAGACCUUCGUUCAGAACCGGCCGGUGCUGACAGUCAUCAAGACCUUUGAGAAAGAGCUAGUAUCUGAUGACAUGAACACGUUAAAGCCAUUAGAACGCGUCGAUGCUUCUGACGGUGUUGCACUCCCGGAUGAAGUGCGGAAGAUCGUCGCAAACCGGGCCGGGAACAUUCUCUCGGCGUCGACGAUUCUCAAGAGCGAUUUCUUCUCGAAUCUACAGAAGAUGAGCUUACCUGAGCGCAUUGAAGGUGCUCCAAAUUUCCGACGUGUGCCGCUCACACUUCGACUUGUGCCGUCUGGGCCGCCUUCCCCUGUAGAAGAUGCGCAGGUUUUGACAGAAACAGUGAAGGAUGAUAAAUGGGUGUGCGGCAGUGGGAUGCCAACGGUCCAGGGACUGAGGCAAGGUCUCAUGCGUGUCGACGCGGGUCCCAACGGAAGCAACAUGGUGUAUUGGACCUCUUUGAGAGAGGCAAGUACUAUUAGGAAGAGCAAGAGGCUGAAACUUGAUCUCACCUUUACACGUGUGCAGGAACCUGUCAUUUAUGUUGCUGGAAGGCCUCAUGUACUACGCUUGGUUGACAAGCCACUUGAGAAUGUCGAAGCAACUGGCGUGACAACUAGCAUGGUGGAAGCUAUGGAGGAGAAUUUCAAACGAGAUGUUGUGCGAGAGGUACGUGCUGGAGGAGGGCGAAUAUUGCUGCAUGACGAGGUAGAAGAGCGUCCGGGCGUAUUUUCUAUCAUACCCAUCUGGGAAGACGUUCGAGAAGACGAUAUCAUGACGCCACGCGAUGUUUAUGAGCUAAUGUCGCGUGAAGGGUACAAGGUUAACUAUGACAGGGUUGCGGUGACUGAUGAACAGGCUCCACUUCCGGGUGCAUUGGCUCAAUUACUGGACCGUGUUCGCACAGCGCUACGCUCGGGUGAGGCUGGAGACUUGAUUUUCAACUGUCAAAUGGGUCGUGGUCGCACCACCACCGGGAUGGUCACUGCAUGUCUCAUAGCCACCACAAUACAUUGGGACCAUGCACUGGAAAGUUCUAUGUUCGUUCAGCCUGCUGAAGACGACGAUUACGAGAGUGGGCUUGAAAGAUAUGAUCUGAUUGACGGGCCUUCUGAAGAAGAGGCGUAUUUACAAGGGGAAUACAAAACUAUUCUACAACUCGUCGGAGUGCUCUCCCAUGGGAAGAUGGCGAAACGGUUAACGGAUAGAGCAAUUGACCUAAUGCAGGAUGUACAAAACCUCCGCAAAGCGAUAUAUGACUACAAGCUCAAGGUGAGCACGUGCGAGAAGGGCAGCGCGAAGCAUCGCAAGCUGAUGGAUAUUGGCGUGAACUACCUGUAUGUCUCUUUCUAA